AUGGAGGGAGCGCAAUCAGCCCUGCGGCACAGAUUGCAGUUUAGCAAUGGGCAGCAAGUGAAAAAUGAAGUAACAAAUCAAGUGACGAAUAAAGCGGCAAGCAAAAACGAUGCGUACAGCAAGAAGGGGGAUAGUCCCCCCCAAGUGGGAAACCCCCUCAUUAAGAUAACCCUCUUCGUAGUACUCAUAGUACACACACUGCUAAUCUACAUAACCAUAAAAACCAUGAAGAUGGAAAAAAUAAAACACAAACUGAAGGAAGAAAAUAUUAUUUUCAUCACAGAAAUAAUGAAGCUACUAAUUUCCAGCUUCUUCUAUCUGCACGAGAAUAAAUUCAAUCUAACCUCGGUGCGAAAAAACAUCACUGACGUUUUGACAAAGAAGAGGAGUUACGUCGUCUCCCUAACCGUGCCGAGCAUCAUGUACUAUUUUCAAAACAUAUUUUUUUACAUCUCCAUGUCGAGCAUUCCUAUCCCCCUGUUCCAGCUACUGUACCAGUUUAGGAUCCUCGUAGUGGUUAUUUUCACUUAUAUUCUUUUGAAGAGGAGAAUAAAAAUCUCGCAACUCAUUUCGAUCGUCUUCCUGUUCCUCUCGCUGGUUUGUCUGAAGGAUUACAACCUCGGAAAUGACGCACACAAGGAGGGAACCUGCAAAGUUCUCCCUUUAAAAGACAACGAUGUGGGGGUGCUGAGGGGAAUUCUGCUCUACAACAUGAAGAAGAAAUAUCUGAAUAAAAACACCCGAUUCGAUUUCUCUACCCUUUGGAGGGCAUUAAAAAGGAGGGAAGUCUUCCAAAAUAUGUUGAAAAGAAAUUCGUGCCCCCACUUCGCGUCUGACAAAAAUCACCAUGAUGUGGUAAAUUAUUCCAGGGGAAUCUCGACAGACGGGGCUCAAACUCACGUCGAACCAUGUAAGGUCAUGACUAUAAUGAAAAGUGCUAGCCCUCCAUAUGGGCAUCCGCCCCAGCAUGAGUACACCCCACAGAACAUGUCGAAGCCGAAGAAAAAUACACGAAAUAACAUCAUAAUAGGUGUCCUGACAACCUUCUUGGCAACCUUCACCAGUGGGUUUUCCAGCGUGUUCCUCGAGUCACUCUACCUCAACUAUAGAUACUCCUUCUGGUUUCAGAAUAUGUGCCUCGCAUUUUUCACCAUAAUUUUGAGCCUCUCCACCAGUCACUUGGAUAUAACAUCUCUCCUUAGGAGGUUUUUCCCCGGGGGGGAUCAUUCCAGGGAAAACACCGUGCAGGAAGAGCACCGUCCUACCGAUCCACCCCCCCACGGGGAGGAACAACCAGAUGACGGGCCUCCACCAAACGGAGUGACCCUUUUCCUUUCCAACCAUUUUAACUCCGUAAGGGAGUUCCUAUACGUUGCUUUGCUGAUAGUACUAAACAGCGUUGGCGGUAUCAUAACGUCCGUUUAUAUUAAACACGUGGGGAGCUUCUCCCGCUUUUUUGUCACUCCAUUCAGUUUGUUGUUUAAUACAUACAUAUCGUCUAUUUAUUUUAAGGAUUUUCGAUUUACGAUGAAUUACUUCAUUUCGCUUGUGUUUGUUUCUUUCUCUUUGUUCUUUUACUUCAGGGGACACUUCUAG